AUGUCCAAUUCAUCAGCAUCCUCCUCUUCUAGCUCUGAUUACGAAGCAACAGAAUACGAAUCAAUCAAUCGAGCUGUUUCACAGAUGAAUGCAAUUUUCAAUCCUGAGGCAAUAACCGCUUGUCUUAACGUUAUCUUUGACGAAGAAGAAAACGAGAGCCAAGCAGCUUCAAGUUCUUCAGCACCCAAGUUGACUAGAAGGGUGAUCAAUCGAGAUCACCUUGGUGCUGCAAAACUUUUAUACGAUCAUUACUUUGAGCCUAACUGCACCUACCCACCCGACAUGUUCCGUAGAAGGUUUAGAAUGCUAAAGGAAAUGUUUCUCCGCAUAGCGCGAGAUAUACACUCCUUUAACAGCGUUCAACCGCUACCGAAACAUUUUCAGUUUUUCCACAAAGCGCCGACGGAUGCUUCUAGUCGUCCUGGUUUUAAUAUUUUCCAGAAAUGUACCUCUGCAAUACGCCAGUUAGCGUAUAGCUAUAAGGCUGAUGCUUUUGACGAGUACUUGCAAAUGGCGCAAGAUACUGGGUACCAAUGUUUAGAUGCUUUUUGCAAGUGUGUGAUACACUUGUAUCAAGAAGAGUACUUGAGAAAGCCAACAGAAGUAGAUAUCCAGCGGAUAACUGCUAAACAUGAGCAGGUUCAUGGUUUUCCGGGUAUGCUUGGUAGCAUAGAUUGUAUGCAUCGGGGGUGGAGGAACUGUCCGGUGGCAUGGCAAGGGCAAUACACUCGAGGCGACAAGGGCCAUCCCACAAUCAUGCUUGAUCUGGACAGGGUUCCUAAAGUAGAAUUUUCGGUAAAUGGCCGCCAUUUUGGAAAGGGAUAUUACCUAGCAGAUGGUAUUUAUCCUGAAUGGGCCACUCUUGUCAAGUCUUUCAAGUGCCCGAUGGAGUCGAAAACCACCAAGUUCAAGAGAUACCAAGAAGCUGCAAGGAAGGAUGUCGAGCGAGCAUUCGGGGUUCUUCAAGGUCGUUGGCAGAUUGUUGAGCAACAAGCCCGAGCCUACAGUGUAAACAAGAUAAAACGUAUCAUGUUAUGUUGUGUGAUUCUACACAACAUGAUCGUUGAAGAUAACGGGCGCGCAAUCACAGCGUUUGAAGAAGAGUUGAUAGCUAAUAUUGUCCUCCCAACUCGCACGUGGGAUGAAAGGUGUUCAACACAGCUUCGUAUGUACGGGGAGUUACGCGAUAGAAAGACUAAUCAUGAACUCCGCAAUGCUCUGAUUGAACAUGUUUGGAACCUCCCGGAACGCGGCCGUCAACGUUGA